GAAAGAUCGAUCAGAACAACAUCCAAAAGCGCAAAAAGACAAACUGACGGAUUAGAAAAAACCGGUACAACGGGUACAACAGUGAAUCGAAUUUCGCGUUGUCAUAGUUAAAUCGGAUUCCAAACGGGUUCCAAGUUCUUUUAUUGACCAUUAUCUACAAAAUAUAAGGCCAAAAUGUACGAUAUUAUAUCCUGCGCGAAGGACACUCAGCUGCACACGUUCCCGGCUAUGGAGCCGUUGUGUACCAGCGCUCAUGUGAACAGCAAUGGAAGCGACUGCCAUUUCUUUCCGGACAAGAAGCUGUUUCUCCGGACCAAUAAAAACUGGGGCGUCGAGAUGAUGAGGAUAAAGGAUGUAGAAGGAAAACCUACUAUUGCGAACGUGAAAAAAAUUACAAUGGAUAGUCUGUAUUGCGUAGCCUGCCCAAAGACGGAUCGGGAAGAAAUUGCGAUAGGUUUUACAUCGGGGCUUAUUAGGCUGAUGAACUACAAAAAGUCGACCAAUACAAAACGGCUGGAACCGGAUCGGCUUGCCAACGGGGUAACUUUUAUGGACUUUAGCAUCACUGAUGACGUUCUGGCAGCCGUCUACGAGAAUGGGACGGUUAAUCUGUAUGGAAUGAAAACCAGCAGCCGUGUGGCGACGAUGACUUUUGAUAAAAACACCACAAAAGCUCGUUUCCAUCCAACAAGGCGUUUCAUACUCUCGGUUGCAUCGUACAAUGGUUCGGUUAUGGUGUACGAUACUCAGGCUAAAAAGAUCGCCUUUAAUCAACCGGAUGCGCAUAAUGCUCCAUGUCGGGAUAUUGCCAUGAUCGCUAGCUGUCCGGAUAAUCUCUUUAGCGUCGGGUAUGAUAAUGUGAUUAACAUUUUUGAUACACGAAAGAAGAGUAUUACUUGGCAAAUUAAUUCCAACUAUCCAUUCGAAUCUCUUGCGGUGUCCGAGUGUGGAGGAUACUUUUGUGUCGGAAAUUUAAAAGGCUGCGUUUACGGGUACGAUUUGAGGAAUUUAUCCGCACCUCUCACUACGAAUGCAAUACAUGACAGUAUAGUGAAUAGUAUUGCUUUCGUUCCGAAGCGAGUAGAAAGUGAGAAAAGCCAGCUUAGUUUUGAGCAGUCGCAAAUUCCCAAGCAAUCUGAAGUAAUAGGAGAGAGUGUUCCCAUACCAGCAACUCCAAUGGCGGUCGAUUCUCCACUAACCACCCCUGGUAUAAGAUCAGAUCAGGACAGUUUCAUGGGUGACAUUGAUUUGUUCCUGCAGCGGCGAGAUUCAAUGGAUUAUGUAUCACGGCUGAGCACUUCUUCUCGGUCAAGCAUCGAGCCCCGGGGCAGUCUCAACAUGGGUGGCAAUAAUCUAAUGGGAUACUUGGAUGACAGUAAUUUAGAUCUGGAUCAAAUUGAAUCUGCCCCCACGAGUAACGCAAAUCAGGACGAAGGAUUUGUUAACGUUAAUCGUUUGAUUAAGAGAACUUCAGUGAAGAAGCAAUGUUCCAUAGAUCGCGGCCGGCGUUCUACUAUAAAUUUGGAGAACAUCCGGGAAGAAUCGGAUGUUGAUAACAGUCGUGCCUUAGCGGAGAUUUCGCCAGAGCUUAAUAUAGAAGCUCAAAGAGUAUCAAACGUUGCUUCCAAACGAGAUUCACACCGUCGCUCAGUAAAUCCGGAGAACAAAGAAAACAAAAAGGAAAAUACUUCUACACCGAUCACAGAUAAUGUCGACCUUUCCACAGAGUAUUGGGAAACACCAAAAACGGCUCUUUCGGCAAAAACCGACACGAUGCCUGCUAACAUUCAGGCCGCAUUCCAGGAGCUGAAACAGGAGCUUUCCUACUUGCGUGACGAGUUUCGGGAGGAAAUGAAAGAACACUUUUUUCAGAACAAAGUUGAUCGUAAGUACACCGCCCAAGCCACGCGUAGUCAUGCAUGGAUGGGCACUUUCAAUCUUUGGCAGGAGACGCACAAGAAACUGGAACGGAUCGACGAGGUCACACAAACAGGCUUUGGCUUACUGCUAACGAAUGAUGAGUUUACACAGCGUUUCAUGGCGUUGCAGCGGGAAAAUGAAGCGCUCAAGCGACGAAUAGCGGAGCUGGAGCAAGCAGGAGCUAGGCACUAGUGAUUAUCAAUAUAUGUUAGAGUAGGAAUCGCGGCACAGAACCACUGGCUGGUAAAUACCUUU